AUGUCGUCCUUCUUCACCGCUCCGGGAAAGAGGAAAAGACAAACAUCGACAGCAGAUGGUCCAAAAAAGAGGAUAGCGACGUCGUCCAAUUCGAUACCGCAGUCGAAGUCAAGGCUGGCUGGUACGAGGUCAGCAGGCAGCCGUGCUACUGCACCAAAGAAGCAGAGAGUCGAACGUGACUCCUCAAUAUCAGGCAGCGACUCUGAAGACGACGAUCUAUCAGCAGGCGAAAAUGAUAUACAUUCAGGGAGCGAGGACGAGUCUGGCUCCGAGGCGGAGGGCGAGACAGCCGCCGAGAGGCGGUUGAGGCUCGCAGAACGGUACCUCGACAACAUCAAGCAAGAGGUGGACGACGAAUACGGGUUCGAUGCCGAAGAUGUCGACCGCGACCUCCUUGCCGAGAGGGAGAAGAUUGGCGAGCGGCUACAAGAGGACAUUGCGGAAGCCAAGGGAAAGGUAUACAGGAAUCUCGCUGGCGAGCUGUUGUUCGAGCAGGCAUCACAUACGAUCUUCAAGUGGAACUCUCAGGUGGUCACCUCGAUAGCUACAUGUGCCCCCUACGCAUACACCGUCUCUAGGGACAUGUUCCUCGUCAAGUGGAGACUGCAAGACCUCCCGCAGCACCAAUGGCCACAGACAACCAAGAAGAAGCCCAAAAAACCUCCUGCACCGCCCAAGAAGAAGCCGGAACGAGUUGCAUCGACCCGCGGCGACACGCGAAAGACAAAAGACAAGACAUACCAGGGCCACACAGGGCCGAUCCUGAAGGUGGCGGCCUCGCAAGACGGCAAAUACGUGGUGACAGCCGGCGCGGACAGGAGGAUGGUCGUUCACGACGCCGAGACACUCAGACCCAUCCGCGCCUUCUCCCAGCACCGUGAUGCUGUCACUGGGCUGGCCUUCCGCCGCGGUACCAACCAGCUCUACUCGUGCUCCAAGGACCGCACCGUCAAGGUCUGGUCCCUCGACGAGCUCGCCUACGUGGAGACCCUGUUCGGCCACCAGGACCACGUCGUCGACAUCGACGCGCUGUCCCAAGAACGCUGUGUCAGCGUCGGCUCGCGGGACCGCACCGCCCGCCUGUGGAAGGUCGUCGAGGAGACGCAACUGGUCUUCCGCGGCGGCGGCGGGCCCGACAAGAAGCUUGCGGCCAAGAACGCCGCCUCUGGUGUGGACCCCAAGUCCAACGCACACGAGGGCAGCAUGGACCGCAUCGCCAUGCUCGACGACGAGCUGUUCGUCACAGGCAGCGACAAUGGCUCGCUGGCGCUGUGGAGCACACAGAAGAAGAAGCCCCUCUUCGUCCUGCCGCAGGCGCACGGCAUUGAGCCCGCCCUCGCCCUGGACAAGGCCUCGGGGGAGAAGGAGCCAGACCCAAAGGUCAUACCGCCCCCGCAACCCCGGUGGAUCACCGCGCUCAAGACCAUCCCUUACAGCGAUGUGAUCCUGUCUGGAAGUUGGGACGGGUACGUCCGCGUGUGGAAGCUCAGCGAGGACAAGCGGCGCAUCGAGCGAGUGGGCGUGCUAGGCGCCACACAGGCCGAGAAGGCAGGGCAAGACGACCCCACGCCAGACUCCGCUCUCGGCCUCGUCAGGGGCAUCGUAAACGACAUCUCGACCUUUGAGCGGGGCGAACGAGGCAAGGACGGGCUGUGCGUGGUCAUCGCGCUCGGCAAGGAGCACCGCCUCGGCCGGUGGAAGAAGCUCACCGGCGCACGUAACGGGGCAAUGGUCUUUGAGGUGCCGAGAUUACGGAAAGACGAUGUU